GACUGAGUCGGGUGUCGAACCAGAACCACGGCCCUUCCGUCGACAACCCUCGCCCUUCAACCUCAUCCCAGCUUUGGCCCGAGCAUUUCUUUUCCCAUCUCUUGCCAGACCGCCGCUACUCCUCUCUAUUUUUUGCGUCUUCUGCCAAUCCCGUCUAUUUCGCUGCGCAUCGCUUUGCUACCAAGGCCGGCUUAUAUCCACGGGCAAGCUCCGAUUUAGCUUUCUUCCCGAAACGAUUGGUGGCUGGGCGACCGCUUGGGCAUCUGCCAACUUGCACCAUCACCCGCGCUCCCGACUUCCGACGACGUAUCCCUCUGCUGUCGCGGCCAUCUCGCCAAUUCGCUGCCAAAAUUAGUAUUCUAAGCUCUUGCGUUUGAGCCGUGCGCACCAGUCUCGCGCAAUCCCUCGCCGCACCCACUGCAGAAGCACCGCCGUCGCUACAACAGCUCGAUAGCUUCGUUUAAACGAGCAUCACGGGCGUCGGUUUUUUUCGCAUCUAGACAAUAACCUUGUGCGGGUUUUGUAACAGCACUUGGGCUUGGAGCGGACGACGACGACUACGAAGAGUUGCCGAUACCUGCCCGUUGCUGAUCAGGGCUCUUGCACGCGGACGAGCCGAUACUGUUUCAUCGAUCUAGUUUAUACUACUAGCUUGGAAAGGGUAUUUGUGCUAUUUGGGCAGAAGCCAAACUGUAUACAUCAUGAGCGCACCACUUUCUCCCGAAGAGCGUCAGCGCUACACGGACAUCAUCGAUGCCAUCCUUGCCACGGCGAACCUCGAAACCAUCUCGCGGAAAAAGAUUCGGCAGGGUCUCGAGACGUCGCUUGGUGGCAAGGAUCUGAGCGAGCAAAAGGAGGCCAUCAAGAAGCUGAUUGAAGCUCGCUUCGAUGCCAUGUCUGGCGGCGACAAUGAAUCGAACGAUGCAGACGACUAUCACAAGCCUGCCACUACAAACGGCAAGCACCGCCAUUCGGACGUAUCAGCAUCACCAGAGCCGUAUUCAAAGCAAGUAAAACGCGCAUCGUCAUCCGAGGAUGCCGAUGCACGCCUCGCCGCUCAGCUCCAGGCACAGGAGAACAGUCUUGCGCGAGCCCGAACCCGUGGUGGCGACCGACCCAAGUCAACCAAGAAGAAGGCUCCCAAGAAGAAGAGCGCCAAGCGAGUGCGAGAAGACGACGACAGCGAUGUUGAUGGCAGCGAAUCCGGUGUUAAGAAGAGGAAGGCUGGCGGUGGCUUCCAGAAGCCCUUCAACCUCAGCUCGCCACUCUCAGAGCUUGUUGGAGAGACACAGCUAUCCCGACCCCAAGUCGUCAAGAAGCUCUGGGAGCACAUCAAGGCCAACGAUCUGCAGGAUCCCAGUGACAAGCGCCAGAUUCGAUGCGACGAGAAGAUGAUGGCCGUCUUUAAGCAGGCCAAAGUGGACAUGUUCAAGAUGAACAAGGACAUCGGCGCCCAUCUGUACCCCGUUGGCGAAGAAGAGUAACUUGGCGUUUUUGUUCUUUUUGCAUGACGAGAAAUGGGCAGUCUGACCGACAUCGUUUUGCGUCCUGUUGGGAUGGCUGCUGCAAUGGCAGCAGCGUCAACCUCAGCGGCACUUGGGAUGGGGAAAGGCGAAUUUUGUGUUUUACAAAUCUGAUUCUAUGUCCUUGAAGGCGUACGUCACAUUGUUAUUUCUACGGGGGGUAUUGUACUUUCGGGCAGGCCAUGAUGGCCGCUUGCUGAGGUGCGAAUAUAUAUGUACUUGGGAAAAGGGAGGGCCAACGAACUCGGCGUAAGAUAUGGGGUUACUCGCUAUUUUUUUUAUUGUUUAUUUUUCUAUACUCUUUUUCUGCAUCUGUAUUUUUGUCUACUAUUUCCUUGAAAAAAUAAAGACAACGAUUUCCACG